AUGCUUCGUUUGCCGUCUCUAGAUCAUCAUUUGGAUGUAUAUAUGGCAAAAAAUAGAAUUGAUUCACUAACUUUGAUCAAUAAUUAUAUAGAUUUCUCAUCUCAAAAGAACUUCCUUUCAACAUUAGUCUCGAAUACAAUGCCAAUUUACAAUCCUGCAAUACAUUAUUUCCCAUUGAAUUCAAAUCAAUGUGUUUUCAACAGAUUUUUGUUUUCUCCAUUAAAUCCGUUAGCAAACACAUUGAAAGAUUUUACAUCAACAUUCAUUGAAUAUCCAAAAUUACAAUUUUCCAAAAGAAUCAACAUUUUAUUCCAAAAAUUCACAGAAAAAUAUGAAAUUACAGACAAAUCCCAUAUACCAAUUAUAUUCCUAUACUUCAUGAGAGCUAUUUAUGACAAUUGCGUCUAUCCGAAGCCAGAAUAUUUUUUCGGAUUUAAAGAUCAACUUGUAAACCCUUCAUUUUUCGAUGAACUCCUUCAAUCAGAGAUUAAUGUCCCUUCCAACAUUCAAAUUGAUGAUCGCCAUAUUACAAAUCGUCAAUUUAUUGAAACUCAUCCUUUAUUGAUCAGAGCUUCCCAGGAAGUCAUCGGUUGUUCAUUCCAUAAUUGUCCACUUGAUAUUAUAUAUGAAAUACACAACGCACUUAACUUUGUGUGCAAUUGUUUUAAAGAAUCAGGGUUAUUAGACUUUGAUUCCGCUUUUUCGUUUUUCUUUAUGGCAGUCAUAUACUCCGGUUCGCCACUGUUCAUAUCUUCUGUAGAAUUCGUUGAAUCUUUCGUAAAAUGCGAACAAUUAUGUGGCGAAUUUUCAUCGGCGUUUAUGAUGAUGUCUGCAGCAAAAGCUCAACUUGUUACAGCAGUACAAAGGAAAAAUAUGUUAAUAUAA